AUGUCAGGCCCUUCACUGUUCAGCAUGCGGAUAGUUCAUUUGGACCUUAAAGGAGCACCACCAAAGAUCUCGUACCUCUCGGAGAUUUUUCCUCUGUUCCGCGCCCUGGGUGCCAACGCCCUUCUCGUUGAGUAUGAAGACAUGUUUCCCUACGAGGGCCACCUCAAGCUGCUCAGGGCCCAGCAUGCAUACAGCCCCUCAGAGAUCAGAGAGAUCCUGUACCUGGCUAGACAGAAUGAGCUGGAGGUGAUCCCCUUGGUGCAGACGUUUGGGCACAUGGAGUUCGUGCUAAAGCAUGAUGCAUUCUCUCAUCUCCGGGAAGUGGCACUCUUCCCCAACACCCUGAACCCCCACAAGGCAGAAUCGCUGGCGCUGGUCACAGCCAUGGUCGACCAGGUCAUGGAGCUGCAUGGCGGAACCCGGUGGCUGCACAUUGGCUGUGAUGAGGUCUACUACCUUGGGGAGGGGGAGGCCUCAAGACAGUGGCUGCAGCAGGAGCAGAACAGCAAAGCCAAACUCUGCCUGUCCCACAUGACGGCCGUGGCCGGCCACGUGCUCGCCCACCAGCCCACCACGACACCCCUGGUGUGGGACGACAUGCUACGAGACAUGCCUGAGGACCUUCUCCAAGAGUCGGGUUUACCACAGCUGGUGGAGCCAGUGCUCUGGGACUACGGGGCUGACCUAGACAUCCACGGCAAGGUCGUCCUUAUGGAAAAGUUCCAGAAGUGUGGUUUUCCCCGGCUGUGGGCUGCAAGUGCAUUCAAGGGCGCCACCGGGCCACACCAAGCGCUGACCCCCAUUGAGCACCACCUCCGGAACCACCUGCAGUGGCUGUGGGUGGCGCAGGCUGGACCAGCCGGACUGCUGCAAGGCAUUGUGCUGACUGGCUGGCAGAGGUAUGACCACUUUGCGGUGCUGUGCGAGCUGCUGCCUGUUGGGAUCCCGUCGCUGGCCAUCUGUCUGCAGUCAUUGCUACGUGGAGGCUUCAGCCAAGAGGUGAAGGACAGGGUGGAGAGCUGCCUCGGGGUCGCAAGCCUGGACACAACCGACUUUACCAGGGAGGGCACCGGCUGCUUCCCUGGCAGCGACAUCCUCGCCCUUGUCACACAAGUCAGCCUCCACCUGCGAAGCUCCGUGGAGGCCCUGCUGGAUGGGAACAGGUACGUGACAGGCUGGUUCAGCCCCUACCACCGCAGGCGGAAGGUCGUCCACCCCGUCAUGGUGCAACACAUGCAGCCCGACGUGCUCAGCCUCCUGGCCCGGUGGGGAGCCCUCGUGCCUGAGCUGGAGGCCGCCCUGCAGCGCGUCUUCUACCCCGACGCCGUGGAGGAGUGGCUGGAGGAGAACGUGCGCCCCAGCCUACAGAGGCUGCAGGACCUGGCCCAGGACCUCGCCGAGGCCACCGCCAGCCCCACGGCCUAG